AUGGGAGGCAAAACACUCUUGUCAGUGUUUGCUUUCUUUAGUACACUUGUGGACGCUCAGCAGAAAUAUGUUCUCACGACGGGUCCGACAGCGAGAUCGCAGUGCUCUGCCACUACCGCCGCAUCUCCUACAUUUUCCUUCUCGACCUUUGCAUUUACUCAGUCAGAGACCUAUCGCUAUGCAAUUCCUGUUCCGUCGCCUACUUCCACGGAAACAUUUGCCGCUCCUUUCUCCGCUCUCAGCUCUCUGAUCCCUCAUAUUGUCACAACCACCUGGGGUAGCUGGAAUCCCAACGCUACUGUGACUGCGACUGACUUUCAUGAUAAAUAUGGCAGUGCCUCUUGGAGUGCGCUUUGGGAGAACGCGCGACCAUUUCUUACCAACUUUACAUCCACUGGCAUCUACAGUACGACUGUUUCGCCGACACCAGUGCCAAGUGCCGAACUUGUAUUGCCGCCAAGGGAUUAUUUUGGUCCAACGGACUGUUACUACUUUCCCGAUGGCUUCAUAUAUGGCGUAGCUGGCUCAGCUUCCCAGAUUGAAGGUGCUAUUAGCCACGAAGGAAAAGCGCCAUCUGCAGCGGAUAUCAUCGCCAAAGAUGACCCCAGCCAAGAUUACGUGACAAAUGAGAAUUACUAUCUAUAUAAGCAGGAUAUUGAGCGACUGGCAGCGAUAGGAGUAAAAUAUUAUUCAUUCUCAAUCCCAUGGACUAGAAUUCUACCAUUUGCAGUUCCGGGCUCACCUGUUAACCGGCAGGCUAUUGACCACUAUAGUGAUCUUAUCGAUUUUGUUAUAGCAAAAGGGAUGCUCCCCGUCGUUACGUUGAUUCACUUUGAUACACCAUUGCAGUUCUAUGCCGCAAAUGUCUCAACUUUAUAUGAAAAACCCUCAGUGGGUUAUAAUAACGGAGCCUACCAAAAUGAGACGUUUUUGGAUUCUUUUGUUCACUAUGGAAAGAUUGUCAUGACACAUUUUGCCGAUCGAGUUCCUCUUUGGGUGACGUUUAACGAACCAUUUGUUUACUGCCAGAAUGGACAUUCCGUGGAUACAGUAAUCAAAGCACACGCUCAAUUAUACCACUUUUAUCACGAUCAGAUUAACGGUACAGGCAAAGUUGGAAUGAAAAACAGCAAUCUAUUCGGUGUACCGCUUGAUCCAUUGAAUGCCUCCCACGUUGAGGCAGCCAAUGAUUUCAAUAAUUUCCAACUGGCAAUCUUUGGCAAUCCGAUAUAUCUCGGCAAAGACUAUCCUGCUGUAUACAAAGAACGAGUCCCAGACUACGUUCCUCUUACCAAAAAAGAUCUAGAUUACAUGAAAGGCACCGCGGACUUUUGGGGAACCGACGCAUAUACUAUUACUGUUAUCUCACCUCUAUCUGCAAGCGAGUCACCUUGCUUAAACACCCCAUCCAACGUAUUCUAUCCGGAAUGCGAACAGCAGAGCUGGGGUGGGAAAUUUGGCUGGAAUGUCGGAUACGCCAGCCAAACAUUUGUCUAUAUUACUCCGACCUAUUUACGCCAUUACUUAUCAUACUUGUGGAACAAGUAUCGCUCUCCGAUCAUCGUUACCGAAUUUGGCUUCCCUGUCGCGAAUGAAGCCGCACUGCCAUUGGCACAGCAACUCUUCGACUCACCUCGCAGCCAGUACUAUUUGAGCUUUAUGAGUGAGAUACUGAAGAGCAUCUGGGAGGAUGGCGUGCAAGUACUCGGUGUGAUUGCGUGGAGCUUUGUCGACAACUGGGAAUUUGGGGACUUUACGCCACAGUACGGAAUGCAGACUGUGAAUCGAACAACGCAGGAAAGGCAUUACAAGAAGAGCUUGUUUGACUUUGUCGACUUCAUUCAAGCUAGAACCUGGCCAAAUUAG